UCCGCUGCUCGCUCCUGCCUGCCUGCGACAGCUCAGCAGUGGUGUGGUCGCUCUAACGGACUCUAACGGAAAGGAAAAACACUCCAUACGUAGUGAAGGCCUCUGCCACACCGAACACCCUGUUGCAGUCACAGCGACGACGGAUAUAAACACACAUUAUACGUACUGGUAAUCUGCAUUUCUGUUUUUCUAUUUAAAAACGCUGUAAGGAAAAAACGCCCGUCUUCAUAAUGGCGACAGCUGCGGUGUCUGCCCCUGCUGGCAGCGGCCCCAGCCCCGGGCCGGGAACGGAGCUAGUCCGCGGGCAGGCCUUCGACGUGGGGCCUCGGUACAGCAACCUCUCCUACAUUGGUGAGGGAGCCUACGGGAUGGUGUGCUCUGCCUAUGACCGAGACAACAAGAUCCGUGUGGCCAUUAAGAAGAUCAGCCCUUUUGAGCACCAGACGUAUUGCCAACGCACCCUGAGAGAGAUCAAAAUCCUGCUGCGCUUCAAACAUGAGAACAUCAUCGGAAUCAAUGACAUCAUCCGCACGCCAACCAUCGACCAGAUGAAGGAUGUAUACAUUGUCCAGGAUCUCAUGGAGACAGACCUGUACAAGCUCCUGAAGACUCAACACCUGAGCAACGACCACAUCUGCUACUUUCUUUACCAGAUCCUCAGAGGGCUCAAGUACAUCCACUCUGCCAACGUCCUGCACCGUGACCUCAAGCCCUCCAAUCUUCUGCUCAACACCACCUGUGAUCUCAAGAUCUGUGACUUUGGUUUGGCUCGUGUGGCUGAUCCUGACCACGAUCACACCGGUUUCCUAACAGAGUAUGUUGCCACUCGUUGGUACAGAGCACCUGAGAUCAUGCUCAACUCCAAGGGCUACACCAAGUCCAUAGACAUCUGGUCAGUGGGUUGUAUCCUGGCUGAGAUGUUGUCCAACAGGCCAAUCUUUCCAGGGAAGCACUAUUUGGAUCAGCUUAACCACAUUUUGGGAAUCCUGGGUUCUCCCUGUCAGGAGGAUCUCAACUGCAUCAUCAACAUUAAGGCCAGGAACUAUCUCUUGUCGCUGCCUACGCGCUGCAAAGUGCCUUGGAACCGCCUUUUCCCCAACGCUGAUCCCAAAGCUCUGGACCUCUUGGACAAGAUGUUGACUUUCAACCCUCACAAGAGGAUCGAGGUAGAGGAGGCCCUAGCGCAUCCCUACCUGGAGCAAUAUUACGACCCCACAGAUGAGCCUGUUGCUGAGGCCCCCUUCAAGUUUGACAUGGAGCUGGAUGACCUACCCAAAGAAACACUGAAGGAGCUCAUCUUUGAAGAAACUGCACGUUUCCAGCCUGGCUUCAGGUCCUAACGUCUCACACAGAUGAUUCUGUGGACUGGCUUCUUCGUUGCCACUGCUCCUCCCCGCCUCCACACUGUCGCUGUGAUGGAUUUUUCUUCUUCUUCUUUUUUUUUUCUUUUUUUUCUAUAGUUUUCCUCUCCUGUUGUCCACAUCACCUGGAUUCCUUGGGUCUCACUCGUCAAGUCCACUUUGCUCAGGAAUGGCGUCAGGAAUCAAUCAAUCGAUCAUCCUCUGACUCUCUUUCUUUUUCUCUUUCUCUCUGAGGUGGGGGAGGGGGAAGGGGGGGGAGGAUGAUUAUUCACAUCACAGCUUACAGUUUGGGGAAGGGGGGCGUGAUUUUGUGUUUUAAGCCAAGAUAAACAAUUUGUGUGUGUGUCUCAAAGGCGUUUGGCUCUGGCUAUUCCUAUUCAAGACCUUCUCUGUCCGGUCGAAUGGCAGUGAUAGAUUAGCUGUUGUGUUUUUCGGUGCCGCUGUUGUGGUUAUAACUCUGCCUACAUUGCACAAACAACUACUUAUUACUUAUAAGAAUCAUCUAUCAUAAAUUUAGGAAGUCUUUGAAAUUUUCUAACCUCUGUCGCACUGUUACAUGGGAUGCCUUGAUCUCUAUCUUUAUUCUUUCUAGGAAAAAGGUAAAAUCCCAAAUUGAUUUAUGCAAUGAAAUCACAUUAUAAGCCAGUUAGUUUGCAUGACACAUGCCAUCACUUGGUAUUGAUGAGGAUCUAGACUUUAACCAAGACCUUGUUCUUUGGUUUGUACCACACACACAAAGGCCCAAAUGCAAAUAUACACAUAUAAAUAUAAAGAUGAUUAUAAUGAUAUAUACAUUUAUAUACAGCCCAAAGAGUCUUAACAUAUAAUAAAGGCAGGGGUAAUGAUAGAAGGUAAAUCGGAUGAUUUUUUAACCUUUUUCUCUGUAUUAUAAACAAAAGAGGCCCGUUUUUAUUUCCCAUCAGCUUCAGUAAGAUGUCAGUUUGUGAAUAAAUGCAUAUAAAUCGCAAGGUUUCCCAAUCAGUGUCUGCCUUAGCCAUGAGAAACUAAAAGGAAAAGUCUGUUUAUAUCAUACAAGUCUGUAUGUACAGUAAGAUAUGUUCAUAAAGGGUAAAAUUAACUUUGCAGGACAAGAAUUCAGUCAUCACAUGGAUCCUGUUUGUCUGGAGGAAGUGUUGUCAGGACUCCCUCUGUCCUGUUUCAUGUUUUUUUUCUUCUUCUCCUCCAGUUUCUUGUUAAACUCUCGCCUUGUUAAAAAAAAAAAAAACUGUGCCCUUUGCAUGACUGUUAAAAGCUCUGUAUACAAAGACGACCAUGUUAAAGUGCCACAUGCGCCGGGCUGGUCUGACAGGGGGAGCGCCCAGGCUCUUUCUGUUCCACCUUUAGUGGUAUAUCACACAUAACGAUCUCAUGGUGCUUUUGGUUUCCUGUCUUCAGCUUCAAGCUCACCUUUUUUUUUUUUUGCUUGUUUGUUUUUUUUGUUUUGGUUUUGAUCAUUGAAGUGUACAGAUUCAAGUCCCCUUGUUUCAGCUCGAACUGCUGCAUGCUGACAUCAUCUUAUGGUUGCAAAUAGGCCAACAACUAUUAAUCAUCUGUAUUUAAAGCAAUCAAAAUAUAAAUAACAUGUUCCCCAACCUGAGAAAGAAUUCAGACAGUACUCAAAAUGUAACAGAUUAUUUUUUUCCUAUUCAUGCCUUUGCUUUAAAUCCACUUUUUGACACCAAGGACAAACAUUUGGUGCAUUUAAUUACCAUCAGACAUCUGCAUUGCCGUUCAAAAAGAACUGUGCUGAAGUAAAACCAUAUCUGAAUUAUUGUCAGUUAACUGCUAGCAAUUGACUGUUGAAUUAAUUUUAAAGGAGAGGAUUUCUGACUUUAAAUAUUAUAUAUGUUGAGACAGAUAAGCCAGAAGCAGCCAGCUUCAUCAAACUGUCCCUCAAUCUUAGUAUCACUGCAGCAUCCAAUGACUGUCAUUUAAUUUUUACAACAAGGCCUCAAAUAUACCAACUUUCAUCGUUCACAUAGCAUCUUCCAAGGAAAUGUUUUAAAAAAAAAUAGUAUUUAAGACAUAAAGCAUCUUUACAUAAAAUAAAGUCAAAAACUACCUAAAGCUAUUGUUUAUGAAUCUCUCUGCAGGCACUUAAAGUAGAUAUUUGAAUCUUAAACAAUUUUUGCAACUAUUGAGCUGCUUAGGCUAAUUAUUCAUUCUCCAUAAAUAGUAAUGGUUGUGAUUAAGGUGUUAGCUAAACAAGAUUUUUAUGUUUCUGUCACAUGUAAUGUAACCCUAAACUCAAUGUUUUAUUCUUUGAAUACAUUCAAAAUUGUGUUUCAGUUGUACAAAUGUCGCUCUGUCAAAUGUAAUCGCAGCAGACUGAGCUACAGACCACUGUAUAACUUCAUGUUCUUUCUUUAGUUUGAGCUAAAUAAUGUUGACUCAGACUGAGUGGGAAAGCAGGGGCUCACGGAGCGCUCUAAUGUUUCGCUAUUAAGCCAUAAUGGGUCAGUCAGUAAGCCUGCUGCACCUCUGACCACACCCAACAGUGAUGUCAUGAGUGCUCAUCUACAUCACUGCAGCCAAGUAAGAAUUUAAACCACAGAAAGAUCCUGAUGUAAGGAUGGUACUUUGCUCUUUAAGAUUAACCUGUAGUUAACUAAGAAAGCUAGCUCACCUGCUGAUGUAAAUGAAUUAUUUUUUUGGUAAAUCUUAGACGGUUUUCUCCUAAGAGAUAUAUAAUUUGGUACUAAUUGUAAGUAAAUCAGAGGUGAUGUUCAAUAGGGCUAAAACAAAUAAUCACCAUUUUUGUUUAAUGUGGAAAUUACUCAAAUUUUAUCAUCCAUGUCAAAAAAAAAAAUAAGGCUGGAAAACUUCAUUACAAAUUCCACGAUCUUUACCAUAAGCCUUUUUAACCCUAGUUUCAGAGAUAGUAUGAUAGCAGUUAAAAGUUUAUCAUGGAACAAGCUGUAACCAGCAUGUGUUGAGUGUUUAUCCCAGACAAAUUAAAUUAAACUUCAACGUAUAUUUUUUGUUUGUUUCAUAUGAUUGAUUUUUUUUACCUUGUCUUGUGCCCUUUCAUUUGAUCCACUCCCAUUAAGCUAUUUCAAAUAAUUGUAUAAAUCAGUAAACAGAUGGCCAGAUGAACAAGCAAACACAAGUGGAAAAUAAAACAUACUCUGAAAAUUGGGUUUAGGGUUUUCAAAGUCAUUGCUGAAUUAGUAUGAACUAAAUUCAGUAUGAAUUCAUUUAAAGACAUUCCUCUAAAAGUGAUGCAGCUCAUUCAUUUUAGUUAACUAUCUCAGAGUCAACUGUCUGAAUAAUUAGUAAGAAAUUCCACAGUGCUUUCAAGGGAAGUUUUCAGGAAAAAAUAGAUGCAAAUAGACCUAUAAAAGUUGAAUCUUUAUCAGAAAACAGACCAAAUCUCUAAAGCAUAACUAACGGUUUUUGCACAUCAGUUUCCUCACACUCUCUACGUACACCCGUCUGUCUCUCACAUACGAUUAUUAAAUGCACUUGCUUCUACAGUAGUGGGAUAGAUGGGAGUUGUAAUCCGAGGUGCCUGCCGGGACUUGACUUACCUGUAGAUAGACUUUUUGGGGGGUUUAGUUGGAACAUUUAGGGCACUGGAAAACCUUACUGGGAUUAGUUGUAUAAAAAAGCUUCUGCUGAGUUCUUUGUGCAACCUGUCUGUUUGUGCCUUUUUUGAUAGUCUUGAUAUCCAAGAUUUUGAUGUGCAGCUUUUGUUUAGUCGGGAAUCCGUUGUAAUCGCAGUAUACGCUCUUUAAAAAUGAACACAAUCAAGUCUGUGGGCUCGGGCGGGAUCGCGGGUGGGUAUCCUUAUCUUUCAGUUAAUGUAAAUUUUAAAGAGAUUUGUUGCCACAGCUGUGUGAUUUGUGACUGUAUUGAAAAGAUGAAAAGCAAACAUUUAUAUUUUUUGCGUUACCCUUUUUCCUUGAGCCUAUUUUUUUUUUCUUUUUUGGAUGUUUUUGUGCAGAUAUUUUUAUUGUAAAAUGAAUGUUAUGUUUCUAUCAGACACUAAUCUUGUUUGAGUUGUCUCCAGUGGAACUUCUUCACUCUGUAUGUUUUGAUCAGUAUAAAUCUUUAAUUGUGUAGUUUAACAUUUCUGAAAGAGAUAAAAAUGAAUAAAAAACAAGUAAGAUCCUUGGUUGUACGUUAAAGGUUCCUGUUCAGCCUGCCAUAGAAACUGUUUGAAAUGAUCGGUCAGUUUUCUUUUGCUGUCGUUUGGAGGAUUCAACUUGAACGAGGCAUUUCUCUGCUACGAUUAAAAGAUUGACUGCCACUUAGAAAAGUCUGUUUUUUUUAAGCUUAUCUUUUCUGUUUUGAAACUCUGCCAUGUCAUUUAAAUAUUCGUUCAUUAAAACUCUGUACUUUCAUUAACAUCUCUGAGCUGUCUUUAUCAGAGACACGACUGGCAUGUUCACAACAGUAAGCAUUAGAGACAACUUCUAUACCUGCUGUCUGCAUCUAUCCUUACAUACAAGAGUGCAAAAUAAAAGUUUCAUGGAGCGACACAGUAUACAAUUAAAUGUGUUUAAUGAAAUGAGUGAAAAUUCUUAAUAAAAAUGCUGUAUUAUUCCAAAAACAC